AUGUUCGUCGAGAAAAUUUCCAUUUACUUGCUUGGUGCCACGUUUUAUUUUUCACGUAUCACCAAGCAAGACAUCGACGUCAAGCAUAAUUCCGACCCUUCUGCACGUGAUACCACGUUUAAUGAAAUUCUUGCCAAUCGUGAUGCCAGGUUCUUAACCGAACUCACCGAUUACCGUGCCAAAUUUAACGCUGAACUUACCUCACGCGACGAAAACUUUACAGCGGAGGUCCAAAGAAUCUUGACAAUGCUAAAUACUUCUACUGCGAGACUCGACGAAAUCGAACGUGUCUUCCAAGCUUACAAUAACAAUUUUGAAAGGAUUUUAUUAGAAUUUGCAUCAAUUAGAGAAACUAUCGUAAUACUCCAAAACGGGAAACACUAUGCGAUCGUCCGAAGAAUCGAUCCUAUCGAGGAGCCAGAACUUCAAGAUAUUGCUCUAUCCGACCAGCAAAGUGAAGCAAAUUUAUCCGAAAAUUCUUCCGAAAGCUCUGAAAGGGGAUGUUCUUUAGACGAAAUGUGUAAUAUCGUAGCAGUUGAAAUUCUUAAUCUUAGAAUAGGAAAGCUUGGUAGUAAAUUAGACAAAAUCGGUACUUGGAUCGAUAGUAAAGCAAAUAAUAGCUUGUCUGGUCGUUCCAACUAUCAAUUACCUCCCGAGGUUGGCCGUUUUUCAGGAAAAAAGUGGAGUGAAAUUUCAGCCCGCACGGCUCAAAAAGAUUUGCAAAAAGAAGCGCAAAAUUAUGUCAUCCGCAAAAAUUGGGAUCUUUAUUCGAGUUUACUAGACAAUCAUAAUUUGAUAAUGAAUGGUAUGGGUCAACAACAGCAUAUUAUGGACAUUGGCUUAUUAGAAUCCGCCUUUCAUAGGCCGAAGUUCAUGUUUUUUUAUGAAAAAGCAUCACUAUAUAGAAUGGCCGCCGGUCUCGGAGAGAGUAUCAUUAAGAACCAUCCAUUUUUGGAUGGGAAUAAGAGAGCCGGUCACCUUUCCAUUUCUGCAUUUUUACUUCUCAAUGGUUAUGAUUUGGUUGCGGAUAAAGUGUCAACUGAGAAAAUUACGUUGGGUGUAGCGAUGGGUAAUAUUAAUAUAGAUAUUCUGGAGUCUUGGAUUGCUAGUAAUGUAAAACCUUAUGAAUGA